UCUUCCAUAAGGCGGUAUAACAUAAACAAAAGACUAGAUCUAGACUUAGACUAGACUAGAUCUAGACUUAGACUAUCUAGAUUCAAACUUCAAGUUGAUCUAGAGAUAAAAUCUAAAUAUUAUAUUCUGUGAAUAAAUCGUAGAGAUGGAUAUCAACACAAGCGAAGUUGACAUGGAAGAAAUCAAGGCUCAAUGUGAACAUAACUGGCGCAAAUUAAAGUCUGUUCAGUCAGAAUUACAAUCUCUGCCAGCCUUUCCUUUACAAAAUAUCACGGACACUGGCGCAGUUGGUGGAGAAAUUGAUGGGAAUUGUUCUUUGGAACUUCUUAAAUGGCACGAAAAAAGAUUAAAAGCUGAGUUGCUUCUCCUUGAAGAAAAUGGCCCAAGCACUUUGCCUGAAAAUAAAGAGAUCCAGCGACUAGUUUUAGAGCAGAAUCAACUCAAAUCCUCAGAGCAACUUGAAGAAGUACUUGUGUUUUUCCGAGCCAAGAGAUCUGAAGUCAUUGAUGAGUUAAAACGAGAAGAGGAAACUUCUUCAGAGUUGCAAAGAGUCAAUGAAACUCUAAAGAAAAAGUUGUCCAGCUGUAGUGUAGAGACAAGUGGUGAAAGUGUGCCCUCACCAAGUCACAUGCAAGACAUCAGUGCUAAACUAAGCAAAAUCAACACCAAACACAAGUUCUUUAGGAAUGAACUGAAACAGAUCCUCAACCAGCACUUCCCUGCCCCCCAGCACAGAACAGCUGCGGCCACUUUAAACGAAAGUCGAGAUAUUGAUGUAAGCAACAUGCUGCCUCUGAGCUCUGUUAUUGGGAAGCUGAUAGAGCAGUCUUUGAACACACCUGCUCAGCCGUACAUUGACAUUGAUGAAACAAUAUGGCCGUAUCAUGUUGAGCUUCUGUUACGUUUUCAAAUUGCACUGAAAGAUCCACAGAAUUCAAAACGAAUGAAGCUUACACCGUUUCAUUUAUAAACCACUUUCUAACACUACAUUCAACUUGGCUUCUUAGACUGAUAAUGAGUUCAGCCAUGUGGUAUUGCAAAGUUAAAAAGAUAUCUUCACAAUUCCGACUCCUUUAUUUAGUCCACAUCAAUGUUUUAAUUGAAUGAUAUCACUGACUGAUGAUGCACGUCAAGGACUAGUGCAAUAAUCACAUACUGAUCUCUGAGCGUUAAACACUUUCAUGUGCUAAAGUUUCAAUUUUAACUUCAAACUUUUAACAUAUUAACAUGCCCUUGAGAAAGCACAGUGCACUUUGGGGUGAGGCUUUCGUUGCUGGAAAAACCUCGAAUCAUUUAGGGCAAAUACAAAAAGUAAAAAUCAGUAUCAGUCAAGAAAAAAAGGAUGCAUUUAUUCAAAAGUUUAAAGAAAAAACAAAAAGUUGAGUCUUAUACUGAGAAAAAUUAAAUGUCAGAUUCUCCACAAUUCAAUACUUUGUUAUCCCCUCAAGUCCUGGAACAACUAAUGUUCAUAUCUGAAAAUGAGAUUUAAGCUUGGGCAUUAGCUAUGGUUUUAAUGUCCCCCACACAGCAAUUACCCCCCUUGCUUGCAGCUGAAGUAGGUAGCCAUUAAAUUUUGGGAUCAGCGGCACUAGAUAUAGCUCUGUGUAAUGCAAGCUGCUUAAUGAUAGCCAGCUCCUGAUUUUUUUCUUGAGUGACUCAUGAAACCUUUUGCAAGACAAAUCCACAAAGGUUUGGUUCAGAGUUUAUCCUUCUCCUAAGUGGGUAGCAAGCCAAAGCUGAUGAGCACCUCCUGCCAGAUGCUUACUGGUUUAAGUGCCAGUUUCUUUGCCCAUUCUCCUGAGAUUUCUGAUGGAACCACAUGUGAGGAGUUGGAAGUAUUUUAUAGAAGUGGAUUGCUUAUAUCCAUAUACUGAUGUAAAAAUACAACCAAACAGUUAUAUUUUAAAAUAAUUUUUACUUUCAUGAAAUAACCAUACAUAUGUAUAUGAUAAAUAUAAAUUAUUUGAAUGCUGUACAAUCAGAAUAGAAUUGGAUGUUGUUUUUUAUUUUAUAGUAUAAAAAUAGUGUGGGUUUUUGUGUGUGUUACUAUUUUGUCAUGACAUGGAGAUCAUGUUGACAGUUUUCUCUGAACUCAACAUAUGAGCAGCUUGUUUACUUCCAAUGAUUUCCACAAGUUUCUGAGCAUCGUAUCUGUAGGUAAUAAGACAGAAAAAUAGUGAAAUUACAUUUUGUUUUUCUUCCUUAAAUACUAACCAAGGCAUUCAAUGUGAACGCAAGUGAAAGUAAAGGCUAGUACAUAGUUGAGAACUAUAAAGUCAAGACUGGUACAUAAAUCGACAGAGUUGAGAACUAAAAAAAAAAUCUUUGUUUACUUUGUAUAAAGCGCAGUUGUAGUACAAGACUGUCUGUUGGUCUCCAUCAAGUUCACUAACUCUGGGUAAAAGUCUGGAUACUGUGGGAGGUCAAACCAAAUGAUGUGAUGAAUACCUUUCAGUCUGAACCUUUGGAGAGAGAGA